AGUUUGUUUAGGAGGCACGGUACAUAUUAAUAUAUGACAUUAUCGCAACACCACCCGUUGUGGCACGUUCCUGCUGACCACGGGACGAUGAUCUAAGAGUAUAUGGUAAGUGAUGACAGGUACUAAGGUUGUGGUACCUGUAACGAGUCCGGGCCCGGGAGUGGCUAGUACUAUUUGUUUGCGAUCAGCGCUCAGCACAGGUUCAAUUAUAGCCUGGCAAGUCAAGGCUGAUUCAACGAACCAAUGCGGAGCUCAUUCAGUCCUGUACCAUGUGGUAGGCGGCAAUCGUCAUCGCGGGGUAAGUCUGAGAAAAUAAAAAUUUCAGGCUCGGCGAUAGUGGCAAACUACCGGGCCGUCGGAUCUCGGUAAGAUGAUGAUUGGGUGGUGAAUGAAUCUAUCAUUUUCUAAAUCUUUCAUGUACAAUGGCUACAUGGCCGCUGCCCACAGACGAUGACAAGGAAAACCUCCUCCUCUCAUGUCGAUACGAUGAUCUCGACGACGUACAAGGUUUCGUAACAAAAUUCGGCUCAGACGCCCUCUCCAGUGUCCGAGACGACAACGGAAACACUGUGCUACACAUGACAUGCGGGAAUGGACACAUAGACGUGCUGGAUUACCUUCUUCCUCUUGUCUCCCCUUCCGUCCUGUCUGCACAAAAUAGCGCCGGCUCCACUGCCUUGCACUGGGCAGCGCUGAACCAGCAUCUCGAAGUAGCACAGAAGCUGGUUCAGUUUACUGGGGCAGAUCUGAUUGAUAUAAAAAAUACCGCAGGACGAUCACCCUUGGGGGAAGCUGAAAUGAUUGGAUGGGAUGAGGGCGCAAGGUGGCUUGUGCAGGAGAUGAAACUCGACGAAACAAGCCAACAUGACGUCAAUGAUAACGAAGAAGAUGGCCCCAUGGCCAUGGACGCUGCACAGGAUAUAGAAGUAGAGAUCCAAGAUGCGGAUGGCCAGGUGGCAAAGAUGACGAUAAGCGGCGGCGCAACCACCUGAUUGUUUUGAAUCCAAGCAGGUUUGGUAUAUCCAUGC